AUGCUAGGUCUGGCAUUGCGGAGGGCGCAAUGGCAACUACAGGCACAUCGGCAAUGGCUACGGACUUUUGCGACCAUUCCAUCGCAGAUCAGACCGGCUAUUGAAGGUCAUCCCAAACUUGUCCUUCUCCACUAUCACGAUGGCCGCCAACAUGAACGCCACUUCUCUUUGACAAGGACGACCCCGGGAAAGAAGACUGCACGCGUCCGGAGAUCCAAGGCAAAGAGAGCUGCCGCCGAAGAUAACAAAGAAUCAUCGGAGCUUGAUUUACUCAAUGACCUGCGCCAAGCGGUACAGGACCUCGAUAUCAAUGCUAUCAUCGACCUCUUCCCACAUGCAAAGGUGAACAAAUUAGUUGACCGUAAUCUCGUAUGGCGACUCUCUCAGUGUCUACAUGAAUCAUUGCGCCGGGUCAGAUUCAAGAAUGUCAAUGACCAGGGUCGGCGAGCUGCCACAGACGAGCUCGUGGAGUUCGCCAAGGUUCUCGUGCGAUCAAUCGUCAAGGAAGAGCUCGAGCCUGAUCGCCGAGCUCAUGUGCACCUUCUUGCCUUCUUCAAGGAAUCAGGUGCUCUUGAUCAAGGCAUCACAUUCUGGAGCUGGCUGCAGCAACGAGACAGCGAGUACGUGGAUGCCAAUGUCUACGGCGCCGCCAUCGAGCUCUUGGCAGUCAAUGGUGCACCUUUAUCUGAGCUAGAGGGACUCUACACCAAAGCUCUGGAACAAUUGUCUAGUGCUGGAAACUUCAGCUCUUACUACCUGAGUCCUGACGCCAUGGUGCCGGACAGAGAAGCACCCAUCACAAUCAAGGGUAUCUCAAUGACUCUCUUGCAAGGCGUACUCACGGCUCGUCUACUUCGCGGCGAAUCACGUCGAGCAUAUUUGGCGUUGGACACAGCACUACGAUUAUAUCCGACGUUGACACCAGUACGCUUCUUCACAUUGUUCGUCGACGAAAGACCACUCAGUGAGGCAUACAUGGUGUUCGCUCUUGCAUGUCGAGCUGGUAUCGUCAUGCCUGUCAUGGGCUUCAGGCGACUGCUUACUACUAUUCGUCAAGCAGCUGGGACGGCAUCACUCAUAAAGCACGUCGUGUCUCUAAGGCAGAUGCUUUCAGUCUUGUAUAUGUUUGUUGGGGCGGGUGGGCGACUUACAAGCAAUCUCGUCAGCGAAUAUUUUAUCGCAGUGACGCAAAUCAUGCGAGUCAAAGAGAUGGAUGCCCUGAACACGCGGCAGCGCGAGCAGCUAGUCAAUGAUGUGUUGAGAAUCAUUCGCAGAAGCAUCGAUGUAUUCUCUCGGUACGGGGGCGCACCCGGCAUCAGUGCUAUCAAUAGUCUGAUCGUCAAUCUGGGAGGCUUUGGCAAGUCGAAGAAGAUUCUCACGAUUGCCCUGAAUGACGCCCGGCAGCUCGGGCUGGAAUUUAAUAACAUUACACGACGGUCUAUAUUGAUCGCUGCGGGCCAAAUCGGCGACGUUGAGCUCGUGAAGGCGUCAUGGCUCGAUCUUGUCGACGCCAAGGUUGCGAAGCAGGAGAAACCGGACGACACGGACUAUCAUAUCCUCAUCAAAGCUGCAAGGGGCAAUGCCGCGUUUGACUUCGCUAUCGAGGAGUGUCAGAAGAGCGAAUUUGAUGAGGACAUCAAGAGUCGCAUGUACGAUCAUGCCUACGGUGCAUUGCCUGAGGAGAGAGGGAGCGUAGACGAGGACACUUCGUCCUUGGCGAAGGGAAUGGAGAUGAUAGAGGAAUUGGGAAAAUUAGAGGCUGAUCUCGAGGUGAUGGAGCGACGCACGAUUGACAGUCCGGCUACGCAAGACUUCAGUACGCAAGAUCUACCCAUCACCAUUUUGGUUGGCACGCAGCAUUUCCAGAUACCCGACGGUGAGCUGCGGUUACUAUACGACGCUCUUACUAGCGAGCGAGUGCCUGCUCACGCAUCCUCGAAGACAACCGACCAGAGCUCCCCAGAGGCUACGCAAGAUGCUCUGUCCUGGCGCGAAGGAAGCACAUCCGCGCUGAGCACGACUGGCAUGACCUUUGGACAGCUACGAUACCAGAACUGGAAGUCACUGAACGAGUUGCUUGCACUUUCGGAGCUGAACGACGCUGCUUACGGUCGUGUUGUAGAUGUGGCCAUUGCGAAAGGCGAGGCACCACCUCCGCGUGAGCGAAUCUUGCGCGGCGUUGAGCAUCAUCUCAAGGGCAAUGCCUAUGGGCUUAGCGAUCUCGAUCAUGGUAGUGCGGCUACGGUCAUGCAUGAGGCGAGGAUGACUGAGGCCAGUGCAGACGUACAAGAUGAGAAUAGUGAAGACACACCAGAUCAGGCCCAGGAGAUCUGGAGGCUGAGAGGUCGAAGCGGAUGA